AUGGAGCAGUCACGUGGUCCGUAUUCUCCACAUGAAUUUAAAAGUUUCUCAACUUUUUGCAGGCAAGAUCUUAUUCCAAUGUCUGGCUCCGAAACACUCUGACGUGUUCGGGAAAAUAGGGACAGACUUCCAGCGGGAAAAUCAGAGCACUACCUUCUGUCAUCUUCGUUUCUCCCGGCCUAUGUUCGUCGGGGACAAUGUCGAAAUUAAGGUAUACAUUUGGGAAUGCAAAUUUUUUGAGGCAAAACUGAAAUAUCAGGUUACAUUCCACGAGCUUCCUCUGGCUGAUGGUCAGUGCAUCGUCUCUGUGACUCCUGCAGAACUUCUGGACAAGAAAGCUAGGAAUAUUACCUCUCAAAAUCCGUUUUCCGUGGACCCGACAACAUCCUGGAUUAGUCGUCUCAGGGAUGACGACUACAAAAGAUCAAUGCGAUUUGGACUUAUUUACAGAAAUGGUACGCAUAAGACAAACCCAAAGAAACAUCCGAAAAUUUCUCAUUCAGGCUCAGUGCAGCUUCGUCUUCCGGGCGAAACCGAUUUCUUCCCGUUUUAUUACGUUCAAAAUGACGCCAAAGAAAUCUGGAUUGACGUCUUCUUCUGCGAAUACGUCAAAAGCGUCUCUCUCCGCGAGCCACUAUUCCCGAAAUGGCCGGAUGUUCUUGUGGACGUCGAACUGGAUGACCUGGUCGACGAGCCGGUUCUACUUGAUUCACUUCUUGUCUACCACAGAGCCAAAAUUGUCGUCUCGUGA